UUCCGUCAACAGCCUCAGCGGCUGUUCCCCUCUCCGCGGCCAUGGAGGCCCGCCCCUCCCUUUUUCUCGGGUCUGUCAACCUAGAAGCUGAUAAAAGGGUCUCAUUUAAUUCCUCUUCUAAAAGUGUAACUGCUAAAAACCUGCCUGUUGUGAAGGUCUCAUCUGAGAAGAAACAGAGAUAUGUGGUGCAUUCAAGGAACAGCCACUUGUCCACCUGGCCAGCCUAUGAACCAGGGCAAGGGAUUCUUCAGAACCGAAAACCGUGCACUCUCCCCGGUUGGCAAAGCACCAGCAAACCCCUCAUGCCGAUUUCCAAGCCACGUUACCUUGAACAGCUGGAGUCCUAUUUGCGGGCAGAGUUACAAGCGAUUGAUCUAACCAAAGGAAAAGUUCAAGAACUUAAGCUCCAGCCUUAUAGAGAAGUAUUUGAAUGUUUCAUGGAAGAAUUCAAGACUUACAAACCUUUGUUGGCUUCUAUCAAGAGGGAAUAUGAAUCAACUAUAGCCCAUCUGCAGGAAAAAAUCUUCACUCUGGAAUCAGUGAACGGUGUUCUGGUCACAGCCUCUGAUCGAUGUACUCAGCAAAUCCUGGCUUUUCAACAGCAGGAGAAAAUUGAAAUAGCGAAAUUGAAGGAGGAGCGGCUCUAUCUGCUGAAGCUGAUCGACAAAAUGCAGGAGGAAAAAAGUUCGCUAGAGACCCAGGUGGCUAAACUGCGGAAGACGUUGGCCGAGGAAUAUCUUCGUUAUCUCAAUGAGUGUGAUGCGCGCAAGCUAUUACUCCUGGACCUCAACGAAAUGUACCGCCAGAAGGAAGAACUGAGGCUCGCCAAGGAGCAAGAGGACGUUCUGGACGAGGACACAGUGAAGCUGAAGGUUGCACUGAGGGUAGCCCGCCAGGACCUCACCAAAGCUCAAGUGGACCUGAACACCAUGCAGGCAAACUACGGAGAUGUGGUGCCCAGAAGGGACUUUGAACUGCAGCAACAAAAAUACAAUGAUUUGGCUGAUAAAUUGUCAACUCUUCAAAAAGAUUUUGAUGACCUUCAGGAGGAAUAUGAGAUCAUGUUGGAUAUACACAAACAAGUUGCAGAGGACCGAGAUCGCUACUUCAAUGACCUAAUCAAUGUCCAGCGGACGUCUACACCUCGCCCCGACUGGAGCAAAUGUGGAGAUGUGGUUCUUGGUGGAAAUGAACGCUGGAAUAACUUGUCGGUGGGCAAAACAAGCGACCAGCUGCUCGAUGUGCUUUUGGAGGAAAUCGGCGGGGGUCUCCUGAGAGAGCGGGACACCUUCAUCGGGCGGGGAAGAAGCGAAAAGGUUCCCCCAUAUCUGAGAUGUGAUGGCAUGGUUAGAAACAAGAAGCUGUCCAAGAAGGAAGUCGUGGCCCUUUUGAGGGAGAUCUGGAAGGAGAAAAUUAUAUCAGAUCAACAGAAAGGGAGACAGUCUAGUCUCUCUGAUUUCUUCCUAGGCUUCUUUCAGAAAAAAUACGGUGAAGGUGUUGCUUUUGACUGGACUUAUAGCAUCUAUGAAAGCCUCAAGCUCUUUCGGUCGAAUGAAAUGAUGGCCUUGUUUCUUAGCAUCCUGACAGGAAAUAUGGAUGAAGGAGUAUAUCACAAUCACCUCCUGGAACUUAACAACUUGUUAAAAGAACUGACUAUUGCCGAUACCGAAAAUACCGGCCAGUUGUCAGAAGAGCAAUUCCUCUUUGCCUUGAAGUCAGCUUUUCCACUAAAAUCAGAUGAAGAGAUCCUAGAGUUACUUGAUGCAGCCGGCUUCAGAUCAAACGUUCAUAGUAUUAUGUACAAGCUGUUAUUCUUGGAGGACGAUGAAGGGAAAACAGAACCCAUAAUUACAAAACUUAGGAACCAAUAUGUGGUGGAGAAACAGACCUAUCUGAACGAACUACGUGCUGAAUUAGGAACCUUGCUCGAUGUGAGGCCCGAUGACCUGAGGGCAGCUUUUUGCAUAAUUGACCAUGGCUUAACUGAGCAGACCUUGGAAUCUUACCUCUCUUACGCCUUCCAAGUUUCCAAAGAUCAGCUGGACCCUGCCGUCUCUGUUCCCAUCGAAAUUCUGAUGCAAAGGCUUAUGACGGGAGAUAUCCACAGGCAAGGACCGGCCCAGGAACCGCCACAGCGUGCGCCCCCAUCCCACCCGGCCGAAGAAACUGAUCAUUCCGGGAUCUGACUCAACCCACUUCCUCUCCCCCUCAGAGAUUCCUUGAAAUGAUAAGAUCUGUUGAGGGAGAAUUGAGAACAGAUCCGCAGCUGUAACUGAGACCCAGGAGCAAAGCUAUGAUCCCGGUUGAUUUCCUUAGCCUUAGAUAAAGCUUAAAACGAAUUACAAAAUCCAAUGCAUGUGCUAUUAAAAUGUCUUAAAAUCCACUCAAAGCAUUUAGUCUGGGGCAUCACAUCUCAGACUGGGUAAUUUCCACUUGUGUAGGAAGCGUUUAAGGUGAAUUGGGCAAGAGCUUCAGGUUUGCUUGCAAAAAGUACCAGUAUUUCCUCUCUCGUGCCCAUAAAUAUUCAACCACUGGAACCCCACGAAGAAAUGGUAAAAUGACAGUACAGCCGACUGGAUGUUAAAAUAAUUUAAACCUUGUGCAAUUUCAAACAUUUUGGGUUUUAUUUAUCGCUUUUGAACUAUUCUGCAGCCCGGCUGGGGGCUAGAAAGUGUAGAAAAGUUUACAUUAUUAACACACAAACCAAGGGCAGCUAAAGCAAAAGAAGAGGUAGCGAAACGAAAUUGAAAAGCCAAACAACAUAACCACCACCACCCCCAGCACUUCAAGGUGUUUUUUUCUAAGUUCCAGUUUGUACUGAAAAAAGGAAAGGAAGCUUACCAAGUCUUGAAAAUGGAUGGUUUCCAAAUUAGUGAUGUUAAAAUGCAUUGUAUAUAAACAAUGUUACGAUACAAUAAACUAUUAAAUAAACUUCUUAUAAGUGUUCUGUCUGACAACAAAGGGCUUUAUGCUAGGGGAUUCUUUUUUCCAGUGUGUUGCAGAGCAACAGAUAUGAAUGUAUAAGGGAUG